UCAAUUCCAACCUUGGUAAUGAAGUAAUAUUUUUCACCGGGUUGUCUACGUUCAUAUAGCCUGAAUGAAACAACACGGUAAUAACGCACGGGGCGAAGCAUCUAAGAUGCGCUUUUAGUAGUCCAUCGGAACAUUGUAGUUUCACCACGGCAGACGCACGUCAAUAACAUCCGUCGUCGCAUAAUUACGUAGCCUAGUGUAAGUGCAGUCGGAUUCUCUUAGCACCGCGGUUGUCUUUUCCUAAGUCCUUAUGAAUUCUCCUUCACAUCUUUCCUUAACCUCAUGACGUUCUCCAUCGAGGUCAAGUAAAAGUGGUUAGGAAAAGACAUAGGACGCAUUUUUUUUUUUGACUCUUCGGACCUAUUUUUCUCUGAUUCGGACGCAGCCUUCCUCUAGUUCCGCGGAGCUCCUCCCUGUCUUUGACCGUUAAUCAGGGAGGUCACAGGUCAUGCUCUUUACUAGUCGCGUUCAAAAUUCAAGACGCAGGGUUGUGUGAUGAGAGCACUGAGCAGAUCAGAAGACAUGACAUCAAAGCACAUUGACUGGCUUCCCCCCUGUUUUAAGGAUUAUUCACCUUGGGCUGUGAUAUCUACUCUUUUCAUCAGGAUCAAGCUUGGAUUAGAUGGACACGGGAACACUUGUACAAAAGACAUGAAGAGCCACCCAACCCACUGGAUCUCCUGUGGUCACCCAUUUGCUGAGCGAACGGUAUGGAACCCCAAGUUCUGCGUAGUUACUGACUGUCAGCUGCUUUUACUGGACAAAGAAGAGAUCCAUCCCUUGCUGGUGCAGGAGCGGCGUGCUGAGUCGUGUAAAGUGCGUCUGCUGCGUCGCACCAUCAGCGUGCCGGCCGAGAGCCAGUUCCCAGAGUACCAUGCUGAACUGUCCACAGAGAGCGACUCCCCCCCUGAGCGUUCCGGCCGGAGACGGAGCAUGCCCGGCAGCGCCACGGACAAGACCCCCACCAUGGAGCCCGCCACUUCCACACCCUUCCGGGUAACGGGGUUCCUGAGCCGGAGGCUGAAGGGCUCCAUCAAACGCACCAAAAGCCAGCCCAAGCUCGACCGCAACAGCAGCUUCCGACAUAUUCUUCCCAGCUUCAGGAGCGUGGACAAUGAAAGAUCACAUCUGAUGCCGAGGCUGAAGGAAUCACGGUCUCACGAGUCGUUGCUCAGCCCCAGCAGUGCAGUGGAAGCCCUGGAUCUCAGCAUGGAGGAGGAAGUGGUCAUCAAGCCUGUGCACAGCAGCAUCCUGGGACAGGACUACUGCUUUGAGGUGACCACCUCAACUGGAAGCAAAUGUUUCUCCUGUCGAUCAUCAGCCGAGAGAGAUAAGUGGAUGGAGAAUCUGAGGAGGGCUGUACACCCCAAUAAGGACAACAGCCGCCGUGUGGAGAACUUGCUAAAGCUGUGGAUCAUCGAGGCCAAGGACCUGCCAGCCAAGAAGAAGUACUUCUGCGAGCUGUGUCUGGAUGACACCCUGUACGCACGGACUACGUGCAAGCUCAAGACGGACAAUGUGUUCUGGGGCGAGCACUUUGAGUUCAACAACCUGCCCGCCGUCAAGAGCGUGACAGUGCACCUGUACAAGGAGACAGACAAGAAGAAGAAGAAAGACAAGAAUAACUAUGUGGGCCUGGUAAAUAUCCCCAUUGCGUCCGUGACCGGGCGGCAGUUUUUGGAGAAGUGGUAUCCAGUCAGCACGCCCAACCCGGCCAAGGGGAAGACGCCCGGGCCCAUGAUCCGGAUCAAGUCCCGCUACCAGAGCAUGAGCAUCCUGCCGAUGGAGAUGUACAAGGAGUUUGCCGAGUACACCACCAACAACUACAUGCUGCUGUGCUCCGUACUGGAGCCAGCACUCAGCGUGAAGAACAAGGAAGAGAUGGCCUGUGCGCUGGUGCAUAUUCUGCAGAGCACUGGCAAGGCUAAGGACUUCUUGACGGAUCUGAUGAUGUCUGAGGUCGACCGGUGUGGGGACAACGAGCACCUCAUUUUCCGGGAGAACACUCUGGCCACCAAGGCCAUCGAGGAGUACCUCAAACUGGUGGGGCAGAAAUACCUACAGGAUGCACUGGGUGAAUUUAUCAAGGCCCUGUACGAGUCAGAUGAGAAUUGUGAGGUAGACCCUUCCAGGUGUUCCUCAGGAGACCUGCCUGAGCACCAGAGCAACCUGAAGAUGUGCUGUGAGCUGGCCUUCUGCAAGAUCAUCAACUCCUACUGUGUUUUCCCACGUGAGCUGAAGGAGGUGUUCGCAUCAUGGCGACAGGAGUGCAGUAACCGGGGGAGACCAGACAUCAGCGAGCGGCUCAUCAGUGCCUCCCUUUUCCUGCGCUUCUUGUGUCCAGCAAUCAUGUCCCCGUCACUGUUCAACCUGAUGCAGGAAUACCCCGAUGACCGCACCGCACGCACGCUCACCCUCAUCGCCAAGGUCACCCAGAACCUGGCCAACUUUGCAAAGUUUGGCAAUAAGGAAGAAUACAUGUCCUUUAUGAACCAGUUCCUGGAGCAUGAGUGGACCAACAUGCAACGCUUCCUGUUGGAGAUUUCCAACCCAGAGACCAUCUCCAAUACGGCAGGGUUCGAGGGUUACAUUGACCUAGGCCGAGAGCUGUCUACUCUGCACUCCCUGCUGUCAGAGGUGGUCUCCCAGCUGGAGCAGAGCACGGCCUCCAAGCUGGGCCCACUGCCUCGCAUCCUGCGGGACGUGAACUCGGCACUGACCAACCCCUCCAGCGUCCAGAUGUCCAUCCCCACAGAGCGCGUGGCGUCCCCCCCUGGAGCCAGCUGCAGCAUCUCCACCGGCCUGCAGAAGAUGGUAAUCGAAAACGACUUGUCCGGAUUGGUGGACUUCACUCGCCUGCCAUCGCCAACCCCCGAAAACAAGGACCUGUUCUUUGUGACGCGGAACUCUGGGGUGCAGCAGUCGCCAGCCCGCAGCUCCAGCUACUCUGAGGCCAACGAGCCGGACAUGCAGAUGCCCAACGGCAGCAAGAGCCUCUCCAUGGUGGACCUCCAGGACAACCGUAGCCUGGAGAGCGGCCCCAACACCUCAGUCAGCGACGUGCUCAAUGACAGCCAAUCACCAAUUGGCCCUGUGGGUGGGGGGGUGUGGUCUGCCCGGACGCCUCAGGGCAACACCACUGCCGGGCCCACCUUGAGGAGGGCGGGGCAGACCCCCACCACACCCAGUUCUGAGAACGUUCCAGGCCGGCCACAGCUGCUGGCCCCUUUGUCCUUCCAAAACCCGGUGUACCAGAUGGCGGCAGGGCUGCCCGUGUCACCGCGGGGUGUGGGUGACUCUGGGUCCGAGUGCCACAGCUCUGUGAGCUCCCAGAGCAACAACGAGGAUGGGGCGGCGGGCAAACACGGCUUCCUCAACCACGGCGGAGGAGGUGGGGGCAGCAGCGGGGAGGACUUUACACGCCGCUCCGGAGAGUACACCCGCCGGCAGAUAUCCCUCACCGAAUCCCAGCACCAGCCCACUGUCCCGCGGCAGAACAGCGCUGGGCCCCAGCGCCGGAUAGACCAGCCCCCGCCCCCGACUGUCACCAGGGGGCGCACCCCUCCCAACCUGCUCAACACUGCACCCUACCCCCGUCCCUCCAGCGGCAGCAUGAUGUCAUCGUCUCCUGAUUGGCCAGGGAGUGGGGCGCGUCUACGCCAGCAGUCAUCGUCCUCCAAGGGGGACAGUCCCGAAACAAAGCAACGUACCCAGCACAAACAGUACCAGCAGGAGAUAGCCAUCCUGCAGGAGAAACUGCGGAUCUCCACCCAGAAGCUGGAGGAGUACGAGUCCAGGUUGAAGGGUCAGGACGACCAGGCCCAGAAGAUGCUGAUGGAGUACCAGGCCCGGCUGGAGGAGUCUGAGGAGCGACUGCGCCGGCAGCAGGAUGAUAAGGAGCUGCAGAUGAAGGGCAUCAUUAGCAGGUUAAUGUCCGUCGAGGAGGAGCUGAAGAAGGACCACUCAGACAUGCAGGCCGUGGUGGACUCCAAGCAGAAGAUCAUAGAGGCCCAGGAGAAACGCAUCGCUUCCCUGGAUGCGGCGAACGCCCGCCUGAUGAGCGCGCUCACGCAGCUGAAGGAGCGCUACAGCAUGCAGACGCGCAACGGCAUCUCCCCCACCAACCCAACCAAGCUGCAGAUCACCGAGAACGGGGAGUUCAGGAACAGCAGCAACUGCUAGUGUGGGGGACGGAGUCAGGAGAGCGUGCCCUUGGGUUAGGACAGUGGGGAACGGGGAAGGGGGUGGGGGUAGGGGUGGGGGGGUGGCUGGACUGCGGGUGGGGCAGUGCCAAUUACGGAUGCCUUGGCAACGGAUCGCACAGACCGACCGGUCGAGAUAGAGAAGCUUUGGAUACAGAGGGGGCGAGCGGAGAGCCUAUCGGUGCUGUUGGUCGACAGACUCUGAGAACCUCUUUGUUUUCAGUGGAAAUGCUCAUUUUAAUUACACAUUUGUGGACUCUGGAGGGUUGGGGGAUGGGACGGCAUAUUGCUUUCCGGCAAAUGGGGAAGCUUGUCCUUGGAAUGACAACUGAUCAGCACCUACACAGCAGAGUCCUCCGAGAGUAGAAACUGAGAGGAAUUGAGGACAUUCUUAACUCUGAAAUCAAGCUUGUGACAAACCACUAUAUUACAUGAGUGUCUGCCAGUGUUCACACAGCUCUGCUUCUGUACCAAUGCUUUUCUUUUCAGUCAGGAGUUGGUUGUGUUUUAACUAUACUAAUGUAAGCAUUCUUGGAGCCAAAUUUUAUUUCAAUGUAUUUUUUUUUUUUUGUCUAACAGAAGCUUCUGGUAUGUUAGUAAUCAAGCUAUAUGACCCAUUCCAUUUCACGUUCUAAGGUUGUGUUCCAAAAGGCCUACACCAUAGCUCUGUAUUGCACUUUGUGAAAGUGUAUGAAGCAUGUAGCAAAGCCUUAACACACUUCAAACAUAGCAUCAUUGUUCUUGCACCCUCAUUAAGCAAAAGGGCACAGUUUAACCUUGUAUUUUGUAAAGUGUGGUCAUUUGACCAUUUGAAUUGUUUCUCGCUUCUCAAGAUCAGUGCAAGCAUUGGUAUUUAAAUGUUUUCCUGUGCUGAGAUUUCUCUGUGGUCUGUGUUGGCUAGUGGGUAUGGCAUGUACACUUUAUUGGCAUGUCUAAGAGAAUUUCUGAGUGUAAUUGGAAAGAUUAGUUGAAAGAAAGAUUAGUUGAAAUCUGAAAAAGAUUUGAUGGUAGCAGAUUUUUAUGUGUUAGCACAACACAGACAUGGUAACCAGGAAGAAGUUUGGAGGGGGAGCUGGAGGCGGGGCCUCACAGCAGGGAGUGCACGUGUGCCCAGUGCCAGCAGAGCAAGGCAUGUGAUGCCCCCUGAGGCAGGGAGCAGGUGGUGAUGGGAGGAGGAAGAGGGGGAAACGGAGAUCUCUGAAACAGCAGAAAGGCGCGGGUGAGUGACCUUUUAAAGGGUGACGUUUACCUUAUUGUCCAUAAAGAUAGGACCGCCCAUAAAUCUUCCUGGCAGAUCUUCUGCCAAAGCUUCCAUUAAGAUUUUAAACUGCCCUGAAAAUGGCCGACACCUAAGUAGCAUGUUGCCUCUCUGGCUGGGGUGGAUUUUUUGAGUAAGUAUAAUUGAGUCAGAUGAGUUUUAAAAAUGAAGUUAGCCUGAUAUUUUAUGGCAUGUUUGUCCCUGGCCCUGUGCAUGUUUCAGUUCCCUCUCUCGCAGUGGGUGCACAAAGCACUGAUCUUCAGUCUUUAAAGAAUUCGAUGCUCUGUUCUAGAAGAGCUUACUGGUCAUUCUAGACACUAGCAGUAAAAUAGUCCCUCCAAAGAAGAUCAGACUUCAAAAACUGUGUAUUCCUUCACCUUUUCAUAUACUGUCAAAGCCAUUUCUGUGUUGGUUGCCCAGGAAUUGUGUCUCAUUGAAACGUGCAGUAUGAGUUGGCACAAAGAGAGAACGUGGUGUGAUGGUUAAUCUUAAACACUGGACUGGUAGCAUUGUCACUCACGCUCAGAUAAUGGGCGUAGGAAAACUAGCAAGAGUCAUUUUUCUCCUUUUGCCAGUUCUAAGCAUGCUGCAUUGAAUGGUAACAUGUUAGUGUUAAGUCUAAAGUUUAUUUUGAAUGCUAAGAUGCUAAUCAGAAACAUAACUUAAGCUCUUUAUGUGGCAUUUUUCUGCACAUUAGUUCCACCCUAGGCUUGUUGCGGUAUUACUAUUUUGACACUUCCCUCAAAAACACCGUUGAUACCGGUACUCCUGACCUGGUUCAAGUUUAACACUCAAUUUUUAAUAAUUCAUAAAAAACUUUGCAACAAGAAACCAAAAUUCUUACUACUAAAAGAUUUUACGUAAAAUAAAUACAAGACAAAAUUACCUUCGGUAAUAAAUAGCCUGAAUUAAAUUUCCUUGAUACAGACCAAACAACAGAGCCUAACUAAAAUAGUCUCAGCAUUACAAAAACAUAAUGUAAAUAUAAAAUAAACAAAUGAAAACAAUAUGUUACAAAGCUGUAGCCAAUGUAUGACAGUGCAAACUUAUUACACCGUGGGCCUACAACCUACUUUACAAUUCUGGGAGGCAACUGCCUGCAUGACCUGAGAAGAGCUAGCUGCAGAAUCUGCGCAGGUUGUUUUCAAGCGUUGCCAGCACCAGCUCUUUUAACGCUGUCGUUGAUCAGUGAUAAGGACACGUAGGCUCUGUAAUGUGUUUAUAUACAUUUAAUAAUAUCAACUUUGAGGCUCUACAAAUGCACUUUUAUUUAUUUUCUGCUUUUAUUUUUAAAUUGUAAUCACAAAAAGUACCGGUAUUGACGGUGUGGAGAUAAUGACACCGGUGUAGGCUACUGUAUGCCACCGGUUAAACCGAACAAGCCUACUCCACCCCUUGCACCCAUACCAAGCAUUUCAGCAUUCUAUAUUUUGUAUAUUUUUGUAUUCUUUUUAUUACCUGUAAAAUAUUUUUUUUUGCAUGUUUCAUGCUCAGUGCUAUGGGUGGUGGCACAAAAGUUAUGAUUUGGUUUUAGUUGCCAAUGAUAAGGAAGCGCAACUUCCACUAUAUUAUUUGCUGCAUACUUAAAUAUUAAGAUGAGUGUAUUAAGAGGCAGUGUGCCUCAGAUAUGUAAAUAAAAUGUUCACAAUAUUUUUACCUAAUGUUAUAAGAGAGCCCUCUUUUUUGUAAAUGUUCCCUGUGUUUAACUCUACUGUAACUGACAUCACAAAAAUAUUGUAAAUAUAUUGUUUUAUUUUAUUUCUGGUGCAGCUUCUUUAGACAGUUCCGGCUUUCAAUUUUACCGCUGCUUCAGUCUGUUGGCAAUCUUUUCUUUUCAAAGGAAAACACUGAAAGGAAAAAGCAAAAGAAAGUAAAAGCUGUGUUUGUCUGGAAUGACAGAUGAACCAAAGUGCAGAGGAACAGGACUGAGCCCAUCUCAGUCAGUGACACUUUUACGUUGUACACUGAAGGAGGCAUGAGCUUUAAGAGGAACAGAAGCACAAACUCCAUGCCCCUUCUUGCUCUGCACUCGUGCACUUCUUUAACAGGCCAGCUCUAUGCACUUUUUUAGUAUCUUGAUUUGUCCCCUUAUAAAAGGUGCUAGCCAGACAGCUAGUAUUGUCUUUAGUUAGAAGAAGCUUGCUCAGAUUUUGUAUAGCAGACAGGUACUUGCAGGGAAAAAGAAACAAUUUCCAUGUCAGUGUUUUGCUUUGAAAACAAGAGAAUACCGUGUACAGGUAUCUUCAGAAGCAACUCUUAUUAUGCCACUAUGAUAGGCAGGGAUCACUGCAGUGUUGAGUUCUGUGGUUGUCUUCUCGCUGUCUGUGCAAAUUUUCUGCUCCGAUGGACUGAGAUAUUUCUGACUCACUGGAUCUUACUCCAUGAUCCUUGGGUCAUUAACAUACAGAAACAGGUUAUGGGCCUCAUUUUGGAAACAGACUUCCAAGGUCAGGAAGCUUAGAUUAGAAACAGUGAGUUUGCAUUCUGUAUGUUCUAAUCAUUUCACAUUAUUUAUUAAUUUAACUUUCUUUUAAUGCAAAAAAGAAUUCUCCCGUGCAGACGAACAAUCAUCAGAAAAACCGUGGAUUGAAUGUGAUGGUGGAAAGAGGCAGGUAUGAGUCUUUUUGUUUUCCAGGUAACAUAAAAUGCCUCUUUGUUCAUCACCCAACAAGCAGGUCAAAAAUGACUCGCGUCUAAAUCGUAGAGUCUCCAUUCGAAAGGCAGCUGUCUUGGCAAUGGAUGACAUAAAUCCACCAUUUAAUCUUUAAACUGAGAAAGGUACAACAUAUUUUGAGGAUGAAAUAACAUGGCUUCUUCACAGGGGUCAGUCACGUCUUUUCCCAUCUACAUUUCUAUUGCAUUAGUCCAUUGGGCAAAGAAGCCUACAAUAUUGACAAUAAACAAGAUAAAGACCAUGGAGAUAUUUGCUCUCUUUCUCUCUGACCCCCAAUGUGGAAAAUUACUGGUUUCUAAAAUAUAAAGAAGGUGUUUGUUUUAUAAUCUCUUCUAGAAACACUUUUGUAAGUAUGUUGAAAGUAAAGUAUUUGCUGGACUCUGCUUCAGUUAACUACGGUGACAAAACAAUAAUGUACAGAGAAAGUUGUUUGUGUUUAAGAAAAAUGUGGCUGUGCAAUUUAUGUACAUUUGCAACUAGAAUUAUUAAAGUUUUAUUUAGCUAUUUUAA